UUAUUAUACUAAAAUAUCGGUCUUCUGGCAGUGCUGAAGAGUUCUUAUCAAUAACCUUUCUGUGUGGAAAAUUGUUAAAUGUAGCUACGUUUUUUUUGAUUGGUAAAACAAUGUGGUCAAUGGUAUACGUUAUAAUAUGGAUUUUAUUAUUCGCUGCCUUACCUCAACCAACGUACCAAGGUCCUUCAGCAAUAAUAGAAUUAACAAUUGAAGAUUUGUACGAUAUCAAAGUUAACAAUUUUCAAGUCGCUAAAAUUACUGAAAUUACUGAAACAACUCGUGAUAAGAAAGAUAAAAGAAAAGAAAAAACAGAUAAUGAUCAAUAUUGGGUAAUUUUCUUUUACGUUCUAUGGAGUAACGUAUGUAGAAAUUUCGAGUCUACUGUGGCAAAAACUUCUUUACAAUUUACAACUUCAAAUGUUCGUUUUGGCAAAAUCGACUUGGAGCAAUAUCCUGCACUAGCAGAAGAAUAUAAUAUUUCGUUAUCACCGACUAGUUUGGAUCUUCCUACGUUGAUUUUGCUCAAGAAUGGUAAAGAAAUUUCGAGAUUACCACAGAAAAUCAGAGAUGGAACCGACGAAGAUUUGAAUAAAAUAAAGAUUAAACCUCUUAGAGAUGUAAAGGUCACAUGGGAUCGCUUAGCAUGGGACAGGAGCAUG